CACAGAUGACAGUCUGUUUGAUCAUAAAUAAUGAAAUCAACAUUCAACAGUCGACCGCGAUACUGGCGCGCGAGCGCAGGUUUAAUCACAACGGACGACCGUUCAAAGUUACCUAAAUAAAAACAUAUUUAAAUGUCAUUGACCUCGGUGUUCUAGUGAGUCAAAUAUGGAGAAAUCAAACAAUAACUAUCCUCUAGAGAUCAAAGAUGUAGAGCCAGAAGUAGCGGAGAUGCUGAUGAAGUAUUUCACAGGGGAACACACAGGCUUCGUCCGCGUAGGGAGCAAAGGCUAUUUUCUACCACACAAGUUCAAACAGGAGGCAUGGAACAUAUACAGCAUGAAAAUCCGGCCAAGCGAUGUGUUCGUUGCCAGCUAUCCACGAUCAGGAACGACUUGGACGCAAGAACUAGUUUGGAUGGUGGUUAACGAUCUAGAUUACGAGAGAUCAAAUGCAACACCACUCACAGAAAGAUAUCCAUUUUUAGAAUUCUCAGUAUACGUCCAUCCAGUAAUGAAAGAACGCUUCCGCCAAGAGAACAGUGACAGCGAAAGGAAGCUGAAACUCCUCGAAUACGUCAGCCAACCUGGCACGGAGCAGCUUGUCAACGCACCCUCACCACGCUUCGUCAAAACACAUCUACCCCUUUCUCUAUUGCCCCCCACAUUACUGGACACAGCGAAAGUGAUUUACGUCGCUCGGGACCCGAGAGAUGUCGUAGUCUCAUUCUACCACCUCAACAAAUCGAUGAGGACCCAGGGAUACAUUGGCGAUUUCAAAACUUACUGGCGUUUCUUUAUAAGCGAUUUACAUCAUUGGACUCCAUAUUUCGAGCACCUUAAAGAAUCGUGGGAAAAGAGAAAUCACCCGAACAUGCUAUUUUUAUUUUACGAGGAACUGUCUAAAGAUCUGCCUGCAGCCGUUCGUCGAGUUAGCAAAUUCUUUGGCAAGCAAUAUAGCGAAGAGCAGCUGGCGCGACUCUGUGAACACCUGAGUAUAGAGAGCUUCAAACAAAACAAGUCCGUGAACUACGACGUCAUGAGCGAACUUGGCAUCCUUCAGGCGGGAACGGAAAAUUUUAUUAGAAAAGGAAAAGCGGGUGGAUGGCGGGACUACUUCGAUGAAGAAAUGGCAGCUGAAGCUGAGCAGUGGAUCUCGGACAACCUCCGCGAUACAGACAUGCGGUUCCCUCAUCUUCAACAAUAAGCCUUGACGUGUGACGUCAGCACUGUCGUGGUAAUCGAACGGGUAGUAAGUCAGAAAAGGCAGUUGCGAAAAAACGUUGUUUAGUUUUGACGUGACAACGUCUUAUAAUUCGAUAGAGCCGGCUGCACGCACGAAAAAACAUGACUCAUGCGGCGUUACCUCGGUAACGCCGCAUGGAACGCCUC